CCUGAGGCUGCCCAGAUGUCCGACUCUACCAUCCCCCGGCACCAGCCCCAACCUAAACACUUCUCACCCGCCAUGUCCAGACAAUCUACUGUCUCUUUCCACAGCGGCAACCACAGGGGCUUCAGCACAGCCUCUGCCAUCACCCCGUCUGGUGGACACUCCCGCUUCAGCUCUGUCUCCCUGGCCCGCUCCACGGGGGGGCAUGCAGGGCUGGGAAGGGCCAGUGGUGCUGGUGGUGCUGCUGGCUUUGGGAGCCACAGCCUCUACAACUUGGGGGGCACCAAGCGGGUUUCUGUUGGGGGCUGCGGCAGCAACUUUCAAAGUGGCUUUGGUGGCAGGGUGAGCAGUGGGUUUGGAGUCAACAGUGGACCCUAUGGGGGUCCUAGCUUCCCUGUAGACCCCUCUGGAGGCAUCCAAGAGGUCAUUGUCAACCAGAGUCUCCUGACUCCCCUCAACCUGCAAAUAGACCCCAGCAUCCAGCAGGUAAGGAAGGAGGAGAAGGAGCAGAUCAAGACCCUCAACAACAAGUUUGCCUCCUUCAUCGACAAGGUGCGUUUCCUGGAGCAGCAGAAUAAGGUUCUGGAGACCAAGUGGAACCUCCUGCAGGAGCAUGGCUCCAAGACCGUACGGCAUAACCUAGAGCCCUUCUUUGAUGCCUACAUCAGUGACCUCCGACGGCAGCUGGACAGUGUCACCACCGAGAGGGGCAGGCUGGACGCAGAGCUGAGGAGCAUGCAGGAUGUUGUGGAGGAUUUCAAAGUUCGGUAUGAGGACGAAAUUAACAAGCGCACAGCAGCAGAGAAUGAGUUUGUGGCCCUGAAGAAGGAUGUGGACGCUGCCUACAUGAGCAAGGUGGAGCUGGAGGCCAAGGUCAACUCUCUGACUGACGAGAUCAACUUCUGCCAGAUGCUCUUUGAGGCUGAGCUGUCCCAGAUGCACACUCAGGUCAGCGACACAUCCGUGGUCCUGUCCAUGGACAACAAUCGCUCCUUGGACCUUGGCAACAUCAUCGCUGAGGUCAAGGCCCAGUACGAGGACAUUGCCAACCGCAGCAGGGCUGAGGCUGAGUCAUGGUACCAGACCAAGUAUGAAGAGCUGCAGGUCACAGCCGGCAGACAUGGUGAUGAUCUCCGCAACACCAAACAGGAGAUCUCUGAAAUGAACCGGAUGAUCCAAAGGCUGAAAGCUGAGAUUGACAGUGUCAAGAAGCAGUGUGAGAGCCUGCAGGCUACCAUUGCCGAUGCUGAGCAGCGUGGGGAGCUGGCCCUCAAGGACGCUCGGGCCAAGCUGGUGGACUUGGAGGAGGCCUUGCAGAAGGCCAAGCAGGACAUGGCCAGGCUGCUGAGGGAGUACCAGGAGCUCAUGAAUGUGAAGCUGGCCCUGGACGUGGAGAUCGCCACCUACAGGAAGCUGCUGGAGGGCGAGGAGUACAGGCUGAGCGGAGAAGGUAUUUCCCCAGUUAACAUCUCAGUGGUCACCUCCACCAUGUCCAGUGGCUACGGCAGUGGCAGCAGCAUCGGAGCAGGAAGCCUGGGUCUCAGUGGUGGCAGCGGCUACUCCUUCACCACCAGUGGUGGGCACAGCCUGAGCACAGGCCUGGGGAGCUCUGGCUUCAGUACCAGCAGCCGGGGCCAUGGGGGCAGCAGCUCCAGCAUUAAGUUAGUCUCCACCACUUCCUCUAGCCGGAAGAGCUACAAGCACUGAAAUGGAGUCACACUGCCCCUUUACCCUGCCUGCAAACCAGCUCCCUCCACUAGCCUCACCUGUCUGCACCUUCAGGGACACCUGGGGUCCUUCUUCUUCCCCUUCUCUCCCCUCCAGCUGGCCCACCUGUGCUGCUGGGAAGACUGGCAC